AUGACUGUUACACUUCAAACAAAGAACUUAUUCGCUUCUGAUGAGGAAGAGGACACCCGAAGCUUUGCUGAUAUUGUCGAGUACUGGAAAGGACUGAGCAAGAAUGCGCCCAAGAAUAAAAAGGCUCUCGAAGACUUUUCUAGAAAUAAUCCGACGCUUAUGCAGCUUCCUAAAACGAAUACUACUGCUCCUUGGCAUAUCGCUGCAGCUAUGGAGAUGAAAGUAAACAAUGUGAUGCAUAAAGCAUCUACCAAGCCUGGUGUUGUACCCGUGGACUUUACGGAAUAUUUGGAAUACCAUCUCAGAAUGAAGAAGGAGCAGGAACAACAGAUCACUGUGGAUGAUGUCGAAGAGCUGUUUGGACUCAGCGAUGAUGCUCCCAAACGAAAUGGAAGCGUCAAACGAUUUUUCAAAAAGAUUUUUAAUUAA